UUAUUUUACUCUCGGUUCUCUCUCAACCGUUGUCAUUGCUUUCACUCUCGUAGUUUCUCUCAACUUCUACGGACACCCUGUAGGUCUCUCUCAAACACUCACAACCAUGUCGGCGUUGACAGCCACGGCUCGCCAGGCUGCUAAUUUGGUUCGGCUCUCCUCCGCAAAGUCGGCUUCGGCCUCUCAAGCUGCUUCUGUUAUCCACCGGCGCGGUCUGGCCGGCGGCGGCGACCAUCAUGGACCACCGAAGGUGAACUUUUGGGAGGACCCAUUGAGCCCAUCCAAAUGGAAAGAAGAACAUUUUGUGAUUGUCUCUUUAGCUGGCUGGGGCUUAAUUUUUUAUGGUGGUUACAAGUACUUCACUAAAGGGAAGAACGACAAGCAAGAAGAGAAGGUUGGAGAGGCAUCUCACUAGGCUUCUGGCAGUCCCUGAAUAUAGAUGGAGUAAAAGUGGAUGUUUUGUGUUAUGAGAUUCCCUUGUUGAUGGCAGUUUUAGCUGUAGAUGACCGGAUGAUGAUGAUCGGCACAUCUUUUUUAACUUGUUUCUUGUGGUCCUGUUGACAAUACAAUUUACCAUUUAAACUUUUUGUCAAGUUAUAAUAAUGGAUGGAACGAUGAGGUUCAGGAUGUUUAAACUUUUCAAUCCUUCAAUUUAGAAGGGUUUUGCAUA